AUGUCGGUUUCAACAACUCUUCUGUUUGCAAAUAGCACCAGGUUAAGUACAGAGACACCAAAGUCCCCAUCGACUAGUAAUAGAUUUCUUUUUUGUCUUACACUAACGCUGACGUUGAUUGUGUUGGUGAGCAGCCUUUAUUCUCUGGUGUCCUUGGUGAGGAUAAAGAACAGAUCUGCGCUGUCUAUGUUAGUGGCUUCCUUGUGUGUUGAUGAUUUACUUUGUGUGGUCCCUGCGUCUAUCUUCAUGGUAAAACAAUGGACUAAUAAUUUGCUUUUCCAGCCACUGUGCACUGCCACAGCUUUCCUAUACCUGUUUCAGGGAAUAUCAAGCAAUUUAAAGGCAUGCAUAAUCAUUUCCUAUAACUUCUGCAUGGCUACCAAACCAGCAAACUAUGAAACUACCAAAAUGCCUCCUAAGAUAUCAUGGGCAAUUGUCAGCACAUGGCUUGUUAGUUUGAUAAUAUGUGCACUUCCGUUUUGUGGUUGGGGUGCUUACGGUGCCACGUCUUGGGGAUGCCUAAUAGACUGCACCAGUUCUUAUGUGUUGUUUUUAUUCGCUUUUUAUUCUUUGUGUUUUUGUGUUCUGACAGUCUUCUCGGUCCCUCUAACUCACCAGUUGCUUUGCUCGGAUAACCAGGAACGGCUACUAUAUUUCAAUUAUAAAGAUAUUGCUAAAGGUUAUCUAACCCCCAAUACACCUCUGGGCAGCAACACAUCGUCUCUGUCUCCUGAUAAUCCUGCUGGAAAAACCUUGAAGAAUUUCAAUGAGAAUUGUGUGAGCUCAGAGACUGUGUACAAGAGGAGCCUGGGUGAUCAGCAUUGCACAAGCAGCAUGAGAGGAAGCAGGAGCCUGACCGUGCUCUAUGCUCAGAAGCGCUUUUCCUUGAUACUUGCUUUGACUAAAGUCAUUCUCUGGCUUCCCAUCAUGAUACAGAUGGCUGUUCAGCACAUUGUUGGCUUCCAGAACGUCUCAUUUGAGACAUUAAGUUUCCUUCUGACAUUGUUAUCUGCAACCACCACUUCUCUAUUUGUUUUGUCUGAGCAUUGGAGUCAUCUCCCAUGUGGCUGCAUCAUCAACUGCAAAAAUAAUGCAUAUUUUAUGUCAUCAGAAGAUUGCCAAGUUAAGAAAAGAGGAUUUGAUUUCAACCUUUCCUUCAAUAAAGGCUAUGGCAUUUACAAGAUAUCCCAAGAAAAUCAUAACGCUGCAGAGAACUCUAUUUCCUACCAUAAUUUAAUUAAUUAUGAAUGUGAAAACACAAAUGACCCACGUUGUGAGAGGAUCCUCAAUUCGGCUGUACUGGAUUUCAGCAGUAUUAGUCUGCAGGACAGCUCCAGGCUGAAGGAUGUCAGCAAACUCAGAAGUCUUAACACAGAGUUAAAACCAGAUUCAACGAAAGACAAGGCCAUCGGUCGCCUCCUUUCGGAAAAAAUUGGAGUCUUUAAAAGAGAGGACAUGAGAAAUUUUGAAAAGUCUGCAUUUUAUGAAGGUCAGGACAGGAGACUGUCACAUGAGGAAAGUCGGAAGCCAGAACUCACAGACUGGGAAUGGUGCAGAAGCAAGUCUGAGCGGACACCACGACAGCGUUUUGGAGGAGCACUGGCCAUACCACUGUGCGCUUUCCAAGGGACAGUAUCCCUUCAAGCACCUACUGGAAAAACUCUUUCCUUGUCUACUUAUGAAGUAAGCAGUGAAGGUCAGAAGAUUACACCAACAUCCAAGAAGAUUGAAGUGUACCGGUCAAAAAGUGUUGGUCAUGAGCCAAGUAAGGAAGACUCCCCAACCCAGUUUCCAGAUACCAAUGUCAAAAUACAUCUUGAGGUUCUAGAAAUUUGUGACAAUGAAGAAGCAAUGGACACUGUAUCUAUUAUCAGCAAUAUAAGUCAAUCUUCUACUCAAGCCCGUUCUCCUUCACUGCGCUAUUCUCGUAAGGAGAACCGAUUUGUCUCCUGUGAUCUGGGAGAAACGGCUUCCUAUUCUCUGUUCAUUCCAACCAAUAAUCCAGACAGUGACAUAAACAUUUCUAUACCAGAUACUUUUGAAGCUCACCGUCAGAACAGUAAACAGCAGAACGUGGAAAGAGACAGCUACCAGGAGGAAAUACAAUUGCUGAACAAAGCUUAUAGGAAACGGGAGGGAGAUAGGGACAGUUAAAGCAGCCCAUACACUGUAGAUAGCUGUCAGACAAAAGCCAACAGCUGUCCCUCCCAACUUCCCCGUACUAGACAAGCUGCUCGGCUGAGCAUGCACUUGUUUUCAAUAAUAAUAAAAAUCUUUAUUUAUGGGUCCAAAAUAUUCCAAAGCACUUUACAAUCAGAGAGCUCAUAUACAACAAAAUGAUAAAUUACAUAGUGAAGAACAAGUCAACAAUUAAAACAAGAGGAAUGAGGGCCCUGCUCGCAAGAGCUUACAAUCUAUGAGCAAUUAAGGGUGGCACAAAAGAUAAAAAGUGCUUGUUUUGUACAAUAUCCAGCCAUCAUAACAAAAUAGAGGAGUGGAGGGACAGGGCAAGCCUGGCAUCUGGGCCCAUGGAGAAGAAGGCAGAAGGGAGUAGGUCCAAAUCGGCAAAAGAGCUGAGCAGCCGCUGAUGUAAUAUGAAUCCUAUGCUGCAUGGGCAACCAGUAGGCGAGGCAUCGGAGUAGUAGUUGAGCCUGGGAGAGGGGAGAGUUUAGUGAGGGCGAGACCAAUUAGUAAUGAGGUGCAGUAAUCGAGUCGGGAAUGGAUCAGGUCAAACAAUUUAUAUGCUGGUAUAUAGGUAUAUGCUGCUGCCAGGCACCUCCGCGACUCACCUUCUGCAGGACAUGCUGAAAUCCAACAGAUCCUUCUUCCCCCUGCUAUCUGGUGACAUACACAUUCAAGGUUGGUGAAACCUGUGGAAAUUGUCAGGUUCAGCUGCCAUUUAAUUCAUGUGUGUGGGCUCCUUAAGACUGAACCGUACUUGGAAAUCGGAAUAUAAACUCAUCAGUUCUUCUGUAUUCACACCAAGUUGUCUAGUUACCGGAACGCUGAAUGUCUUAAUUGCUUUGUACCUGUUUGUUUCUUGCAGUACCAUACAAAAGCUUUGAAUUGUCCGAUGUUAUCUAAAACUAUUUAUCACUAUAUGAAAACAAUUACGGAUGCUUUGUGCCAUUAAUAAAAAUAAAAAAAACAUUCCUGUACAUAUAUUGCCAGACUGCUGCACAAAAUGUAUCAGCAUUGCAUAGGCAGUAACAAUAUACACCUGGUAGGUACAUUAUAGUUUUUAACCGUAAAAAAUCGUGUUUUAACUGAUAUACAUGGCUGAAACAAUGACAAUUCCUCCAGGCGGGGGAAGUUUACAUACUUACAAGGUUGUAGGCAUCAGCAGCCCUGUCUGUGGAGGUGUGGGGAAAGGAAUGGCUCAAAGGACAGCAGGAAAAGGGCAUAUUGGGGGUCAUUUAUCAAAGUUUGGCAUUUUAGCCCGGUCUUUGAUAACACCUGAUCCCCCAGAGGAUAACGCCAGGAAACUGGCAUAAAUUAUAGCGAAUGUGCCGGGUCAAUAGACCCAUCCACACCAUGUCCCCACCCACGUCACCCCCGUCAUGCCCCAGUGAUAAAGGUGACAUAAAAAAAACUGUGAA